AUGAUGUUCAAGUACCGGAUCCGCAUGUUUUUCAACGAGCUGAAGCUGCUGGUGUUGAUGCGGCGGGGCCGCCCGGAGCCCGAGCCUGGAGCUGGGGGAAGCCGGGGAGCGCUGGGCGGCAGUGGCUGCGGAUGGCCGCCCUUCGCCGAUUGCUCGGUCCAGCAGGACGAUGAAGCGGAGUAUUACGGCGGAGGAGGCGCCGAGACCCGGCCCCGGAGCCUGGCUUUGGAGGAGAAGGACCCUCGCCUUCAGCCUCCGGGGCACCAGCCGGGGCAUCAGCCCACCGCGGGGGGAGCCGGAGGAGCUUUGGACUCUGUCUCGCUCAGCAGCAGCUUGGAUAGUGGCAUGAGGACCCCGCAGUGCCGGAUUUGCUUCCAGGGACCAGAACAGGGGGAGCUGCUCAGCCCCUGUCGCUGUGAUGGUUCCGUCCGCUGCACCCACCAGCCUUGCUUGAUUCGCUGGAUCAGUGAAAGGGGCUCCUGGAGCUGUGAGCUGUGCUACUUCAAGUACCAGGUCUUAGCCAUCAGCACAAAGAAUCCAUUGCAGUGGCAGGCAAUUUCCCUGACGGUGAUUGAAAAGGUGCAAAUUGCAGCCAUCAUCCUGGGUUCCCUCUUCCUCAUUGCCAGCAUCUCCUGGCUGAUUUGGUCAUCACUCAGCCCCUCAGCCAAGUGGCAGCGGCAGGACCUGCUCUUCCAGAUCUGCUAUGGGAUGUACGGUUUUAUGGAUAUCGUCUGCAUAGGGCUGAUCACUCACGAAGGCUCCUCGGUGUAUCGAAUAUUCAAACGCUGGCAGGCAGUGAACCAGCAGUGGAAGGUGCUGAAUUACGACAAAGCCAAGGACCUGGGGGAACCCCUCGGUGGGAGCACAAAGCCAGGGGGGCGGAAUUCACGGACGAAUCCCUCCACAGGGAGUGAGAGGACCUCCCAGCGGGGCCAGCGGGUUAGGACUAUUUUGAACCAUCACUGUGGCUAUACAAUUCUGCACAUUCUCAGCCACCUGCGGCCUAAUGAACAUCGCGGGGGCUCCGGUUCCAGCCGCGAAGUGGUCAUGAGGGUGACGACCGUAUAA